AUGGCUCGAGAAAUGCAUAAUGACGAGCACGUUAUUAAUAGGAGGCAAGUUGAUGUCCAAAGACAUGCUGCUGUUCGUGCUCGCCGAAAUGCGCCGUAUUAUAAUAUUGCACGUCAAAAUGUAUUGCCUAAUUUAUAUUUUUUAGGUGCUAUGGACAAAAAAUGUGAUUAUUGUCAAGCUUUAAAGUUUGAAAAUGAAAAUUGUUUUAAAUGUUGUCACACUGGUAAAGUUGCAUUAGAUAAUUUGUCUCCUUACCCUCAGCAGCUUGGGGAAUUAUUAACAAAUACAGAUACUGUUCAGGCAAAAAACUUUCAGUCAAAUAUACGUAAGUAUAAUAGUGCCGUUGCCUUUGCUUCUUUUGGAGCAAACCUUCGCCCCCCACCUGGCCGUGGACCACCAUGCUUUCGUAUCUGUGGUCAAAUAUGGCAUCGUGUUGGGGGUCUUCACCCUCCUGAAGGACAAACCCCUGUUUUUAACCAACUUUAUAUUUAUGAAGCAGGUAGGGCUCUCAACGAAAGAAUGGCACGCCAAGAAAAUAAUGGCUGUCGUGAAGACGUGAUGCGAACUGUUCAAGAUGUUAUGGACAGAGUAAGCCCGUUUGCUGCUGCCUAUAGGUACAUGGCUGAAGUUGAAGCUGAAGAAUUAAAUCAGGCAGCAGCACAAAACUGUGCUCCAUCUGAAGUGCGUAUGUACAUGAGAGUUGGCAAUGACCGAAAGCGCUACAACUUGCCACAUCUUGAUGAAGUUGCGGCAGUAUUUGUUGGCCAAGAUGGAGCACCUCCUGGAAACAGGGAUGUUGUUAUCUAUCCGCGUGGAGGUGAUUUACAGAAUAUUUCCACAAUGUCUGCAAACUUGGAUCCAAUGGUGUAUCCUCUUUUUUUUCCAAGGGGUGAACCAGGUUGGCAUAAUAGGAUACCUCAUGUUGCUGUACGUGCAACCCGUACUCGCAACACUACUACAAUGUUGCAGUAUUAUACUUACCGUUUAGCUGCUCGGGAAUAUUUCAGCCCGAUUCAUUAUGGUAAGAAAUUGUUUCAGCAGUAUUGUGUUGAUUCUUAUGUUAAAGUUGAAGGUAAUAAUUUAAAUUACAUUCGAGCAAGUCAAACCAACCUUCGUGUUGAUAGUUAUGAAGGUUUAGCUGACCAUUUGAAUGCACGAGCUGAAAAGCGAGGCCUUCAACCAGGUCGUAUUGUUGUUCUUCCUUCGAGUUUUCAAGGAAGUCCACGUGCCAUGGCUCAAAAGUAUCAAGAUGCUAUGGCAGUUAUUGGUAAGUUUGGAAAACCUGAUUUUUUUCUGACUUUUACGUGCAAUCCAAAAUGGCGUGAAAUUACAGAAAAUUUGUUUGCAGGCCAACGUGCACACGAUCGGCCUGAUUUAGUGUCUCGAGUUUUUAAAUUGAAACUAAAUGAACUCCUUAAAGAUGUUACUGAAAGGGGAGUUCUAGGUAAGACUAUAACACAUGUGUAUGUUAUAGAAUUUCAAAAGAGGGGUUUGCCGCAUUGUCAUUUGUUAAUUCAUUUAGAUCCCAAUGACAAACUUAGGGAUGCAGAUGACAUAGACAGUGUUAUUUCAGCAGAAAUUCCUAAUUAA